CCCCCCCCCCACCUACUACUAUACCCUGUUUAAAGGCACUUACAUUUUUUGUCUUUCCCAUUCACCCUCUGAAUGACACAGAUACAUAAUCCAUGUCUCAAGGCUUAAAAACCAUCUUUCAACCUGUCUCCUCCCCUUCAUGUACACUGAUUUAAGUAGAUUUAACAAGUCACAUCAAUUAGGGAUUAUUGCUUUCAGCUCGAUUCACCUGGUCAGUCUAUGUUAUGGAAAGAGCAGGAUUUUAAAAAUGUUUUGUAUACUCUAGCUAUGUUAUCGAGCCAUGUUUUUUUUUGUGAUGAGGUGUAAUUGAAAAGAUAAGUAAAUACCACUCAAGAGAAAGUUUUUUUUCCCUUGAGUCUUGAUUCUACACCACAUAACAUUAAAUGCAACCUUCCACAGAAUUGACACGAGCAAAUGGUUUUUGUUUGAAUUUCUUUUCAAUUAAGAACUAUGUGAACUUUCCAAAAACCUGUGCAGUUCUGUGUGUUAUAUGAUUUGGAUGUGCAGCCGCCCAAAGAAAUAACCACAAUUACCAUCUCUGACUUUCUGAGUGCAACGGAAACAUCUGAAAGCAGAUGUCAAGUAGAUGAAGUCAUGUGCUCAGGAGGUUCGACUUUAUUAAAGAGCGAGAGUUCAGAUGACUGUGUAUAUAUGCAGUUGGCGUUUGAAUGGCGAAGGGUGAAGUGAUAUGACCCCAUCAUGGAGACUCACUGUGUUUUAGGCUGGUUUCUCCUCUGUCUACUUUCAGUCAGUGAAUGCAUUGCCACAAAAGUCAUUGGUAUUGAGGGCCAGAAUGUCACUCUGCCAUGUAAAUAUAACACCAAAAAGCAUGGUGUAUCAGCCAUAUGUUGGGGGAGAGGAGCCAUACCGAACUCUGGAUGUUACAAGGAAAUCAUCUCAUCUGAUGGCAUUAAAGUGACAUGGAGAUCUUCGAUUAGAUAUCAUUUAUUCGGUGAGCUGAAGACAGGGGAUGUCUCUCUAACCAUCUUCAAUGUCACUGAAAAAGACUCUGGACAAUACGGCUGUCGUGUGCAUGUUUACGGAUUGUGGAAUGAUGAGAAACAUCAUGUCAACUUGAACAUUGAGAAAGCACCUGUCCCGACAACAUCUCAGGCACCUGCUAAAGUGACCAUAACUCAACAGACCACGGACAACCACACACACUGUCAUGUGACCACAAAUUCCACAGAGUAUUCAGACACAUCCACGCUACCUUACAGCGAAUCAAUUUUGGAGCAGAUGACAGGCCAUAAGCUGCCUGUGAUCCUGGUGUCCAUGCUACUGGUUCUGACAGGCGUGGUCAUUGUGUCUGUUCUUGUUGUCUUGAGAAAGCGAUGGAAAACAAUUGCUACGGGAGUCCAAAUCAGACCAGAGCACUCUGGCAGCACAGUCCUGUACAGCAACUCAGAGUCCAGCUUGGGUGUGCAUACUCGAGAUAUGGCGGUAGAGAACGUCUAUCAAAUAGAUGACAACGAGAGAGACGUCUAUGAGGAGUGCCACCGACAAAGCAUGGACACAUCACCACAGUCAUGCUGUUAAGACUGUGUAGUGCAUAGCGGUAGCUCUGUGUUACAGGGCUGAGUCUGAACUUGUAGGCUAAUGAUUCAACCGGACAAGACAAGCUACAACAAAAUCAGAUGUUUUUUGGUGAUAAAUGAGUAAAACUUGAUUUGUAUAUUUUAAAUGUGUGUUUAAAAGGAAAAGCUCACUAAUAUAGCUAUCUAUGUAUAUUCAGCACUAACAGCGUAGGUUUCAAUUACAAUUACUGUAUUUUUUCAAUGUAGCAAGACAUUGUUGAGCCUAGACGCUUCCACGUCAAAAUAACAGCACUUACAGUUUAUCGGGGCAACUCUAGCCGGGCAGAAAUUUGACAAACUGACUUGUUGGAAAGGUGGUAUCCUAUGCCGGUGCCACGUAAAAAAUCUCUGAGCUCUUAAUUACGGGCCAUUCUCCUGACAAUGUUUGUCUAUAGAGAUUGCAUGGCUGUGUUCUUGAUUUUAUACACCUGUCAGCAACGAGUGUGGCUGAAGUAGCUGAAAUCACUAAUUUGAAGGGGUGUCCAGAUAUUUUUGGCCAUGUAGUGUACUUAGGUGCCGAUCAAAUCAAAUUGUAUUUGUCACAUACACAUGGUUAGCUGAUGUUAUUGCGAGUGCAGCGAAAUGCUUGUGCUUCUAGUUCUGACAGAGCAGAAAUAUCGAACACGUAAUCUAACAAUUCCACAACAACUACCUAAUACACACAAAUCUAAGUAAAGGAAUGGGAUAAGAAUAUAUACAUAUCAAUAUAUGGAUGAGCAAUGACAGAACGGCAUAGGCAAGCUGCAAUAGAUGUUAUAAAAUACAGUAUAUACAUAUGAGAUAUGCAAGAUAUGUAAACAUUAUUCAAGUGGCAUUAUUAAAGUGACGAGUGAUCCGUUUAUAAAA